GACAUGUUUCAAGAUCCAAACAACAGAAAACUAUCGCAUAUAAAAUUGAAUUCAUGCGAAUUCGAGUAUUCAGUUGUUUCCCCUUUACCGUGUAGGGGUCAAUCAGGUCAACAUGGGUCUCUACUCGGUACUUUUCGUGUCAUCGUUCCUCGUAAUCGGGGCUUAUGGCAAUUGUUGCAGCAGGAACUUCAUCCCAGACUUGAGCUUCAAACUCACAGGUACCGAACUGGCCUUCCCAUGUGAAAGUACCAGGAACAUUUACAAAACCACCGGCCGUUACGUCCCCAAGAACGUAAUCGCCACCAGAAUGCAGAUCCAUAAAGACCAAGCCUACAUCGCCCUUCCCAGAUACAAGCACGGGGUACCAUUCACUCUAGCCACAUUCUCCCUCAAGACCAAGGGAUACAAGGCAAUGCUUGUUCCCUACCCAUGCUGGCCCCUACAGGAAGAAGGAAACUGCGAGGCCUUCCAGAAUGUCGUGGAUUUAUCCAUCGACGCUAAUGACCACUUGUGGGUUCUGGAUAUUGGUUUGGUCAACACUUUGGAACAACCAGUUCGUCGCUGCAGCCCCAAAGUUGUCGGAAUCAACUUGAAAACUGGCAUGGUUGUCAAAGUGAUCAAACUUGACGACUUCGUCACUCCAGAAAGCCGUCUCCAAUACAUCAUUGCUGACUACGCUAAAGACGGGCGCCCAUUCGCUUAUAUUUCAGAUGGAGGCUCCGGAGCCAUCAUUGUCUUGGACCUGCAACUCGGAACAGGAUUCCGUAUCGUUCUUCCUGGACCAGCCGUAGCCUGCGCUGAUGACAUGAAAGACGUCCUCUACAUCCAGCUUGCCAGAAAACCUUGCGGCAAUGUCCUCUACUUCACCUACCUCUCCUCUCCAAGACUGUUCUCCAUCAAGACUGAGUUUUUGCAGAAAGGUCAAGCCAACGGUGCCGUCAUCGAUGUGGGACCCAAACCUACCUGCGGGAAAAUCGUUCUUCUCGGUAACGACAAUGGUGCAGCUCUCUUCUUCAGGUUCAAAGGUGAAUCUGAUAUUUUUAUCUGGAACAGCGAGACAGCCUUCAAGCAAGAGAACUUCCUCUUGGUCCAGAAGGGUGACGAUUGCAGAUUGGCUACUGAAGUGGUUCCUGGAUACAAGAAGCUUAUGUGGGCUGUGGAGUCUAACUUCCAAGAUUAUGUUCUUGGCACUUCUGGAAGCGUUGGCCCCUCAAUGGCUGUCCAUCCUCUCAUCAAAACCAGCGAUUAAAUGCUUGAUUUGCUGAAGAUAACUUGAUCUGUGAUUUUGUGUAGUUACGCACGAUUAUGUAUAAUAAAAUAGACUAGGCAAGAGUUUUUCGUUUUCUAUUUUUCAAACAAUAUACAUCACGAUAUCUUUAAUCAACUCUGGUUGACAUGAUGUGAAAAACUUAGGUGUAGAAGUUUUAAAUUUUCGGAAAUAAAUGAUUUUAUAGA